AUGGCUUUUCAUCCAGAGCCCCAGGGUUCCCAAUCGAAUGGCGUCGAGCCAACGUCGAGCCCCCUCGAGCCAGCAACGCCUCGGAAGGCUGGCCCGCCGUCUUCGUCGUCAACCUCGUCGUCGCAGGCCACCCUCCCGUCGACGGAGGUUCCCGGCUCUCCAAUUGAUCCGAACGAGUCCUUUCGGACGGAGAUGAACGAGGAUAGGGCAGCGACGACGGUGAUCCCCUCGUCUCUCACCCCUCCGCCUUCCACCCAGGUCGCUUCUCACACGGGCCAUCCGAGACGGGCCUUCUCGCUCUCGCAGCAAACAGUCCUCUUCUCUCCCCCGGCCGCGAUAUUUAAGAAGAUGCGCGAAGGCGAGACAGCGACGGAGUAUACCACACCGACACCACAGCAGCUCCUCGACGCAUCGGCCGACGAGCUCCGUACCUUGCUGCAGGCCGCCAUCGCCGAGCACCAAAGAUUCAAGAUGGAGAUGGCCCAUCACAGGCUGCAGUACAACUUGCUGAGCAUGCAAGCCGAGGACGACUCGAAGCGGGCGGCUGUCGAGCACGACAUGGCCCGCAGGGAGGUGGACGCGCUGCGAACGGCCGAGCACUCUCGCCAGGCCAAGCGUGAGCUCAGCAGCGCGUCCGAGGCGAGCCAGGUCAAGUACCUGCAGGUGAAGAAGUGGUACGAGGACUCGAUGGAGGAGAACGAGACGCUGCAUCGACGACUUCGGCUGGCCAAGAAGGUCAUUCAACAGAAGGAGGAAGAGAAUAUCAGCCUCACGGAGGAGCGGGACAUGCUCCUUACCCGCAUCCGCGAGAACCGCGAGCAUUUUCACAUGCUCUGCAGCCCGGGCGGCAUUUUCCACGGCGCGUUGACCCCGAAGCAACCCGCGGCGACGACGCCGCAGUCUUCACGGCGACCUGCUCACCGCCGGACGCCGACAUCUGGCCGUCGUUACGAGAACGACGUCCCCGAGCACGGUUUGUCGGCGCUGCUGCAAGCCAUGAGCCAGGACAACAACGCGGCGCCUGCGCCGUCGACACCGCACCGCGUCAUUCAGCGACAUAUGGGGAGGCAUAAUCGCAACUCUCAGUCCAUGUCGUCGUUGCCGACGACGCCCGUAGGACGAUCGCACGAGGGGGGGGCUUCGAGCUCCUCGGUCGUCGGCCUCGUGCCUCAGACUGAGCCACGACGGCGAAAGACUCGGCCGCCACUCGUGCCGAAGACGCCGACGCCAAAGCAUGAGCGAGUGAAGAGCCGCGAGAGCACAAUUUCGGCCGAGGACAACGAGGAGCUCGCUCGGCAGGCGCUGCAAUCAGCCGCAGCGGUCCAGGCGCAGGUCUUGGGCGCGCCCGAGGUGAGCCGAUCUCGGCCCCGAGAUGGCAAUGGAGAGGACGAGGACGUGUUUGGAAGGCAGGCGAGCGAGGCGGCGGCGCAGCUGCUACGUCGACAUCCGAACAGGGACCACGAGACUGUCCGCUCGAUUCAUUCGCCCCGUGGCUCGCCGAGACCGGCAGAAACGUCUGCGAGAAUGCAGGCGAGACUGCUGUCGGACCCUAGUGGCACCGACAAGCGGAAGUUUCCGGGCGGCAUACCGGCGGACGAAGAGGUGAGACGCGAGCAAGGCAGCCCGACCAAGAAGUUGCGCGUUGGAGGAUCCCUCCGGGAAGACCAGACAGUUGGCUUGGGAAUUCGAUGCAGAGAGUAA